AUGACACCAAACCCCGCUCCGUCGGCGAUCCCCAAUCCCAACGAGCUACAAAGCUCCAGGCGCAAUGAACAAGACGAACAAGAAGACUCCAACCACAGAAAUGUUCCACAACCUAAGCUACGUCUCCAUGCGCAGGAGCUUCGGCACCCGGCAACCAAAUCUUUUUUCCUCCUAAUUCCAGAUGUGUCCUUGGCCCUCGACACAGCCCUCCGCAACAUCGUCAAAUAUCUAUAUACGGCAGGAGAAUGGGGCCCUAAUGAUCAACGACCUAAAGGUGGGGUAAGACGGACAGGUCCGCAAUUUGUUCCCUCCAUCCCUCCAACCCGAUCCGUCACUCUCUUUCUCAGGGACUUCGGCGGCGUGGCCUAUACAACGGGCUCCGAGCUCGACGACGACCACAAGGAGAUUCAUUUUUCGUUGCCGUAUAUUCAACAGUGCACUUCUGGGCCAUCUGCCAAAGCAGAUCCACUCCAUGAAUUACUGGGUGUUCUGACACAUGAGCUUGUACAUUGUUAUCAGCAUACCGCACCUCCUCAAUCCCAAACCGUCAAGGGUCGCGAGAUCCCUCGUCCACCCGGCGGCUUGAUUGAGGGAAUUGCGGAUUUCGUACGGCUCAAAGCGGGCUUAGAGCCACCCCAUUGGAAGAAACCGAAGUCUGCAGCGGAGAGAGCAAAGAACUGGGAUGCUGGAUAUCAGGAAACAGCGUACUUUUUGGCCUGGAUUGAGGAUGUUUGGGCCGAGAAGGGGGCUGUGGGAAGGUUAAAUCAUCGAUUAUUGGAGGUUGGAUAUCUUGGCGAGGGUAAGGAUAAGGAGCAAGGGGAAGAUGGGUUCUGGAAAGGUCUUUUUGGUCGUGAGGUUGAUGAUCUAUGGGACGAGUAUGGCCGGUGGCUGGAUGGUGAUUCUGGAGACGAGAAGAAGGCGCGUGGGAACUGGGAAGAUGAGAUUCUUAACCCCGAGUCUUAG